AUGGAGAAGGCAGGAAAUGAGCAUGUGAUUGGCAUUCCAGUGAGCAGCACUGCUAUCGGCAUCGAGGAGCCCGAGUUCAGGAGCGAUGGAGCUACCUAUGUCGACGAUGCCAAGUAUCCGACGAGAGUGCGUACCGGCGGCAAAUCAGGCAGGGCAGGGGACAAAUUCGCUCGAGGAAUCAGAGAACAUGUGACUCUCGGCCCAAGGCUGUACGAGACCGUGAGGGGCAAGCUGUCGCUGGGCGCGAGAAUCCUCCAAGCCGGCGGCGUGGAGAAAGUCUUCCGGCGGUGGUUCUCGGUCGAGAAGGGAGAGAAGCUCCUCAAGGCCUCGCAGUGCUACCUGUCCACCACCGCCGGCCCGAUCGCCGGGAUGCUCUUCAUAUCGUCGGAGAGGGUGGCCUUCCGCAGCGACCGGUCGCUGGCGCUGACCUCGCCCAAGGGCGACACGGUGCGGGUGCCGUACAAGGUGGCCGUCCCGCUGAGGAGGGUGAAGGCGGCAAGGCCGAGCGAGAACCAGCACCGGCCGGAGCAGAAGUACGUCCAGUUGGUGACCGACGACGGCUUCGAGUUCUGGUUCAUGGGCUUCGUCAGCUACCAGGCGUCCCUGCAGCACCUCGAGCAGGCCAUCGGCGCGGCAGGGGGUGGGAUGAAGGUGCAGUCGUCGCUCGGCGCGGGCACUGGGAGCGGGAGGCACUUGCGGCCUACCACGGCGUGA